AGACUGUUCGUCAUUAUUUUCUUGACGGGGAGCUACCGUAAAGGAAGUCUUUUAGCAAGGAGCCCGGGUCGACGAACUCCCACGAUGGCCAGGCUUGACGACAUCCUAUUUUCUUGUUAUGCUUACGGGACCAUGACCCUCGGUGUCUCCCUGUUGUUGCCGUUUAGGAUGAGUAAAAAGCUGCACGAAGGGUUUUUCGCGCGCGUAGUCUACCCCCUGGCGAUGUACUUUUGGGGAGACCGAUUUACUGCGGUUCGUCGGCAAGCCGUGUCCCAGCUGAAUGACCUGGUGUCCCACGAUGGCACACUGAAGAAGGAGGGCGCCAUCAGGGUCCUGGAAAUCGGCGCCGGCUUCGGUGCCAACUUUGAGCACAUUCAGCGGAAGGUGAAGUACUGGAACCUAGACCCCAACGCAGAGUUCGGUGGCGCAUUCCGGAAGAACCUGGAAAACAACCCGAACGUAGAAAUGGAACGCUGGGUUCAGGAGUAUGCCGAGGACAUGCGAGGGGUUCCCGAAAGUUAUUUCGACGUUGUGCUGAUCACCUACGUGCUUUGCUCUGUGACCGAAGCGCGGAAAGCUCUGGCUGAGUGCAGGAGGGUGCUAUCUAAGGGAGGCAGGUUGGUAUUCCUGGAGCACGUGGCCCAUCCGGAAGGAACCUGGGGUUCUGUCGUGCAGACGCUGCUCGAUCCGAUGUGGAGCUUUUCUUUCCGCGGAUGUCACAUAAACAGGAGACCGGAGCAGCUCUUCAAGAAUGCAGGCUUUGACCAGAUGAAACUCACCGAAGUGUUCUUGAAUAUGCCCACGGUGCUCAGUCCCACCGUGUACGGCUCGGCCGUUGUAGUCAAGGACUGAUUUUACAUGCCGUGAUUGUUUUUUAAUCGGCAUGUUUUUACGUCUAGCAAAAAAAAGAAAAAGAAACGAUCUAGACGCAUUUUCAGCCUGAGGCAUUGUGUGCGAUAUGCUGGUUUUGUUUGUCACGUGUCUGUACGUGCUGCCGGUGACGAAGGCAUGCGUUUGGCAGUGGACGCUCUGCCCUCUGAGGCUCUGCCUUCAUUCGCGUAGCCUUAAACCAGACGGCGGACUGAAUACAAAAAAAAGCGAUCGCGGCGCUAGCUGUCAUCGAAACAAUUGAGACAGAUACGCACAGCGCCGCAUCUAAAAGCUUGUUGUUCAAUGUAGUCACGGGGCGUAUAUUUUUUUGUUUUGUGUUUUUGUCGAGGUGGUUAAUUUUACGUCCAAGAAGGUACAGUCUUGCUUUCUUCUUACUGUAUAGACAGGGUUGAAACGUUAGCUUGUAAAGUGUCGGCUCCAAUUUAGCACCCUCUAGUCCUCCUAAGAUUUGCCUGCUCCCAAAUUCUGCAGCCCAAGGCCCCACUCUUUGAGCACGCCACUGAAGCUUCAGUUGCGAAUCGUCACGGCGAAGUGUGCAGGCGGCUCGAGUAUUUCCACCCGGAAGUUGUGUAAUAUUGUGUCUACAUAUUUGUAUGAUUUUAAAAAGUGUGCAUAUUGGAACAGAUUAACAGCCUUAGCCAUAAUAAACGAAAAGUACACUCGAGUGAAUUGAGUGACAGAGUGACAAUGGUGUGCUUGCGUCGCGACCAAGUCAAUAUAUUUGAGUUUUUUCGUGAUUGACUUGUCCCUCGUGACAACCGAGAGUCACAAAAAACAAUAAUAAAAAAUAAGUGUGUUCUGAAACCGUU